AUGAGGCUGGUGGACGAUACCGCCGGAAUUGUGGUCGCUGGUUUGACGCACGCGCUGCUUCUGUACGGCUUGUGUGCGAUUCGCUACAAUCUACUAGAACCCGGCUGUUAUCACCACUAUGUCGUCUUCACCCUUUACUUUAUGGCCACCGUCUCCCAUCUCCGUGCCAUGCUGACAGAUCCCGGCCGUAUCGGCCGACGCAACCACAAGUUCUUCAUGUUGUUUGUUCUCUACACCUUUGCGCUGUGCUUGUAUUCUGCGGCCAUGAUGGUUAGGCUCGUCAUCAUCUGUCCACCCCUGCGUCGCAACGGGCACCGCCUGCCCAUUGAAGAGGUCCUGACUACUGAGCGCGAGCUAGCUCUCUGCCAACCCUGGUCCCCGCUACGCAUCCUCGCCAACACCUUUCUGGGCGUCGAAGCAAUGCUCUUUGGCAUGUUUACCGCCAUCAUGCUCGUGGAUCAGCUUGUACAGCUCCUCACCGAUGCCACCACCAUCGAGUCGAUGAAAAAGAUUGAGUCGGAGCACAGGCACUCGGGUCUGCACGGCCUUCGUCGCAUCUGUGGUCCCCUCUCGCCACUCUGGCUUGUGCCUUGCCAGCCCCGCUUGCCAGCUAGCGACUAUGGUGACGUGGCCGUGCUUGUGUAA